AUGGAUGUCACGCAUGUGAUAAGCUCUCUGUAUGAAGAAAAACCUUUCACGUCAAAGAUUGAUGGGCGGAGAUUCAAGAACAAAGAGGAUCUAGAUCGUCAUCUUGACAUGUUAUUUGAGAGAAACCGUGCUAAGAAGGAGCGCUUUGGGAAUCAAGAGCGGUUGUGGUUUCGGAACAUUAGUGAGUGGUGUAGGGCAGAGGACAUCUCCUCUUCGCGCACUCCCUUGAGAGACUUCAACAAGAGCAAGGACGGCAUAGAGAAAGCAGCGGAGCCGAUAAAAUUGAAUGUCGUGCAAGCAGACGAUCUUGAUGGGCUAGCCAAGUGUGCAGCUUGCAACGAGGUGCUCAAGAAGGAGUGGAGGGCCGACGAAGAUAGGUGGGUACUGCAUGGCGUCUACCGUAUGAAUGGGAACGGCGAGUUUGAUGAUCAUGGGACCAUUUUCGUCCAUCAAGGCUGCUUCCAGGGAUAA